AUGGCAGUCCGCCAGGAAGGGCAAGUUGGCAGCACCAAUGCAAGCUGCCUCGGGGCGAUUAAUGGACGCACGGUGUUCAACAUCGCUUGUCUGUCAGUCGCGAAGCUAGUGGGUGCGAGGAAGCUUGUCGCGGCGACGCGUCAGCACCCAACCGACGCGUACUCGCCUCCCUCGAUUCCCCAGCCUCAAAACCAAUCAUCUGUCGACGCAGACACAGCGUCUGCAACGCCUCAUCUACCUAACAUUAAUUGA